CUCAACUGUCAAACAUUUACUGUCAAGUGUCAAUGUCACAUUAAAAAUAAUUGACAUGCGUAAACGAUAUUAGUUUAAAUUAAUGGAAAUAAAUAUAUAAUCGAAUGAAAUAAAACAAAACAAACAUAAAAAAUGUCGUACAAAUCAAAUUGUGUAUUACAAUUAUAGAAUGUGAGAAAAAUAUGAGUUCAUGAUAAUGAGAAAUAAACUUCAAAGUGCACCAGCAUGAUAUAUUGUCAUGGCUAGGCCAUGAACGGUGUCUCCUAUUUCGCAACAUUUCCAUCAAGAUGUGAAUCUUAGAAAAGGGACACCGGAUUGCCAGAGCGUCAAGGAGCGAGAAAAAUAAUGGAUGAACACAAGCCGUAAACAGAUCACGAUGGCGGAAUGCAGUGCAGUAUUGAGGCCGCGAGCAGCCGCGUGCUCUAUUUCUAGUCAUAGAAUACGCUUCUGUUUAGUUGUUAUGUUAAUUUUAGGUAUACCGAGUGCACAUUCCCAGUUAGACAAGAUGUACGUCGAAGUAACUGAUCUGAAUCUUUUAGUCGAAGAAACUCGACUACUCAAACUGGUCCAAAUAGGCCAAUAUAACACAUCCCUAGAAGUGAUAUCAAAUAUUCAACAUCCAGAUAUAGUUCAACUAGUGCCACCGUCAAUAGAAAUACCAGGUUCGAACGAACCUAAUAAAACGGUGGUGAUAUCGUACGAUAUAUGCGCGUACGGAAAGAGUCCGGGACAUUCGGAAGUGACGUUCAAUGUUACACCGCCAGGUUUUGUCAACUUAGACACAGUGUACCUACGUAUAACCGUCAUGCACUCCAACGAAAUAAACAUAAUAUCGUACAUAAUGGGUUGGAUAUACUUCGCGGCCUGGUCAGUUUCGUUCUACCCUCAAAUAUACAUAAACUUCAAGAGGAAAAGCGUGGUCGGUCUCAACUUCGACUUCCUGGCGCUAAACAUUAUGGGCUUCACCAUGUACUCGCUUUUCAACUGUGGACUGUAUUUUUCUAAAGAGAUUCAGAACGAGUACUUCAGUCGUCAUCCCCGCGGAUUGAAUCCGGUGCAGCUUAACGACGUGUUCUUCUCCUUGCACGCAGCCUUCGCUACUCUCAUCACCAUCACCCAGUGCUUUUUAUAUGAGCGUGAAGAGCAACGGGUCUCGACGGUGGGGCGCGGGAUACUCGGCGCGUUCUCAGCGGUCGUCAUAGUAACGGGCAGCAUCGCGGUCGUCGGCAAGAUCGAGUGGCUGGACUGGCUCUACUACUGCAGCUACGUGAAGCUCGCCAUCACGCUCAUCAAAUACGUGCCGCAGGCGUACAUGAACUACAAACGCAAAUCAACGGUCGGCUGGAGUAUCGGCAACAUUUUCCUCGACUUUGUGGGCGGUUUCCUUUCGAUACUCCAGAUGGUCCUCAACGCCUACAACUACAACGACUGGGUUUCGUUCUUCGGAGACGCGACCAAAUUCGGCCUCGGCCUCUUUAGUCUCGUUUUCGAUAUAUUCUUCAUACUGCAGCACUAUGUCUUCUAUAGGCAAUCUCGGUAUAUACUGAUUCCCGGAACGACUGUAUCAGAACAUGAAGAUGAUUCGGAGAAUGAUCCCGAGACACGAUCAGAAACACCUUAUCAAGGAGACCCUGCUUAAAAUAUCUUCACGACUUAAAAAACAUUUUUUUAUAAUCUUCUAUUAUACGAACAAAGAGGGCUUUAAUUUACCUCACUGCGGAUAUAAUUAUAUGGUGCUUCGGCGACUUUGUGACCGGGUAUUGAACAUUUUCGAGGAUCUAUUUGGCUUAAAGGAGUACUCGUAGAAGAGUAGAAUCCGAACUCUAUUAAAGUAACUAAAUAAAUAAAAACAAUUUUCGUUUUUACAACCUCACUGGUGGAAGGAUGUAAGUUCGCGCCUGAGAUCAAUCCAGUAAUCAAAUUAGAAUCUCAUGCUUUGCAGAAUGCUGUAUCAGGAAUAUACACGGAUUUGGGAAUCUAUGAACAAAGAAAAGAGAUAGCUGUAUGAGGGAUGUGUUGGAAUCCUCAACUUUUCGUUUAUCUAUACUAAUUUAUAAGUCUACAGUGGUUUUUACGGAUGUUACGUUAUAACCGUUCUGUUAUGACUUGAAACUUGGUAUCCAUGUAGAAAAUACAAGUACUUAAUGGAUAGGCUAAUAUUUAUAUCAGUGUUGGACUCCCUACACCAGUUGCGGGUUCGUUAAUGGUGAGAAUAUUUGUGGGGGUGAGAAAUAAUAAUGUUAAUUUUAAAUGCCCAGCGAAGCGGACGGGUAUAGCUAGUUAUAGAUAAUUCUCUAAAAUGUGUGUCUAAAAUGUGGAUAACACAUGAUGGAUGUAGUGUCGGUCAUUUGUUUGAUUGAGCAUAGAUUGUUCUUCAAAAAUAAUCUGAAUUUACUUUAUGAAUAGUCGUGUACGGAAUCGGAAACAUUGACCAUGGAUCGAUGGCACAAGAUGACCUUCAUGAGCCAGACUCAUGGUGGUGUAUUGUGUAGUUCUGAGCUCUUGAAUGCGUGGCUAGAAAAGGACAGGAACAUAAUCGGAUGAACUGUGUUUGAUUUUGUAACGACACUCGCGUGGAAAAAUUUUUUUGAGAAUACACAAUUCGUCUUACGAAAAUCAAAUUGUCGUUUCUAUAGAAUUUAUGAUGUGGAUUUUUAUAUUUUUCAACAAAAAUCAAUCAGCAUGCCGUUAGCGUUAGCAAAACGAUCAUAGCAGAUUGAGAUUGAAAUGCUAAUUCACAACAGAAGAAGGUAUCGCCAUAACGCUAAAUGACUAUCGUGUGCUGAAGGUGACACAGAACAACAUAUAUCUAGAAGAGAUAAUAUUAUAGUUCAGUUACAUGCGAUUAUAUGGCAAAGUAAAUAACCUAAAGAUGAAAAUAUUAAUUCUCACUGUUAAGUUGUGUAAUUAGCCAAAUUACUUAUUUUGCUUUUCGUUAUGAAACAGUCUUCGUGUCGGUGUGAUGAUGAUCAAUAGUGAUGUGUUCAAAGUGUUAAAUGAAACAGAACCUCGUCGAAGAUGAUCGUGAUAACGAUAUGGACGUUAUAUAUGAACAGUGUAUUGGGAUAAUAUCUGUGAAUAUUGCUAUUUUUAUAAAUCGAUUACGUAUACCAGGUAAAGUAUUUUUAAGAUUCUGUUUCAAAACUGUUAAGUAAGCAGUGAACAAAAAAUAACUCUUUACUUAAGAAGACUAGUAUAAAAGCGAAUUUAAUACAAUCUAGCCUUCGACCGUAGUGAAUAAUUUUGUAUGGUGGUACAAAUAAUAUUAUAAUGGAUAAUAACUAAAACUAAUUUUACGGUUAAUAUCGUGUUUUUUAUAGUCUAUAUUUAUGGUUCUAUGUAAUUUGUGUUUUUUAGAAUUUUGAUACGAAGCAUUUUAGGGUUAGCACCGUAAGCUGUUAGUUAAAAAGAUAUUUUAUUAGAAUAAAUGUGUGCAAAUUAAGAAGUUAUUACUAAAAUUUAUAUAUGAUGUCAUAAAAACUAAUGUGUAACUAUUAAUUUUGAUUCAUAAUGUCAAAAAAGUAUGGAUCAAAAUUAAUAAUUAAGUAAAGUACUGCAUCGCCUACAUUCAUUAUUAAAAUACUCAUUUUUAGACCAAAAUAUUUUGAACAGUAACCAAAAUGUGUCUUAUAUAGUAAUCUGUAUACCAUAACAAUAUAUAGGUUAUUUAUAUUUAGAAUAUGGCUAGAUAGAUUUUGUACUUUUGUGAAUUAGCGAAUAUAAUAUAUAUUAAUUUAUAAUUGAAUUUGUAAUUACCUAUAAUAAAGAAAACACCGCUAUCAACUGCACAGUAA